GUUUUUUUCACUGCAAGCCUUUGCACGCACGAGUGAUGGGAGCGUGUCAUUUGGACGGAGGGAAUUUGUUGUGAUAAGCGUUACUGGGUUGAUAAGCGAGCUUUUCCUUUGGGUUUGUUAGCUGUGUUGUUGAUUUUGAGCCAGGUUUCUCUGUGUCUCCUCCCCACCAACCCAUCUCUCUUUUUCUUUUGGGUAGGUGGAGAGUUUGUUCAUGCGCGUGUGUGUAUAUUGCUCCUUGACAUCUGGAAGGAAUUAUUUUGGGUUCUUCGUACAGUCGACAACAGAAGUACGGAGAGAGAGAGAUCAGCUUGAAUAAGCAGAGAAUAUAUAUCAUGAGUCACGAGGGAGUGUCAGCUUCUGUAAGCACGAUCAACACAUCAGAUAAUAAUAUAAAGACGGAUGAAAUGUUUGACAAAAGCCAAGAUAAUUUGUGUAAAGUAAAACUUUACCAGUUUUCAUUGACAAGUGAGGAGCCCUGUCGGUUCCUGUGCGAGUGCACAUUCACAAGUGGGAGCACGGUGCAGAUGUGCAAGCAGAAACUCUUGCCAGGCCUCAGGCAAAGUCUCGAUCCACAGCUCACCACAGACAGGUUUUGGCUGAGGAGCAAAAUGGGACUGAAGCCGGGAACCAUAUUCCUGGAAAGUGACGUCUUUGGGAAAAAUAUAAUUUUGAUGGAAGACCGUGAGUUCUUCCUGGAGCUUUGGACCGGGCCUGCCAAACGGAAGGAUAGCGUUCUCAACCUCAUGCUGCUGGUAAGGAGGUGGAGACCCUCCACCCUCCAGCUUGAGCCGAUCCAAGAGGCACUCGCUGUUCAAGUGGGAGAUGUGGAAGCACUCAAGAAACAGAUCAGUAACCUCAGUGAAAUACAGCACGAAGAUAUACAGCUGGUCAUGCUGAAGGAUGUGGCGAGCUCCCUGGACGGACAAGGAGCUGCCGCCCUUCAGCAGCUCGGCUGGGCUGGCGACCUGCACAAUCUGAGUGACUGGGAUGAUGGAGAUCUCGUUCUGUACAGGGACAAGACGGAGCACCUUCCCAGCCGGAUUGACAAACACGCGGAUGAACUGUUACUCAAGGAGAUGCGUUACACAAAGCAGAUAUUCCUUCCAGAAAACAACCAGAAUGAGCAGAGAGUGCACGAGUCCACCGUGAACUUCCACCUCCUAGAGGGUGACCAUCUGCAGAUGCAGCUGGGCAGACUGAUGCACAGCGGCCUGCUGAGUGAAGGAACCACAGUGGCGCAGGUCAAAGAGCAGCUGCUGCCCUUCCUGCGAGUUCAGGGCUUCCCCCACCUCACAGGCGACAGCUUCUGUCUGUGCAAGAAGAAUGGGGAGAUCCUUGUCGAUUACGAGGUGUUUGGCCGUUCCGUGUGCCUCUGGAAUGACCGGGAUUUCUAUAUCGAGAUUGUCUCUGACCCUUCCAAGUUGAAGCGCAGUGUGCUGCAGGUGCGUCUGCACUUGGGCUCGGUGCAGCCAGCAGAUCGGGUGCCAGGUCCCUUCCAGGACCUCCUGUGGGAUAUCCAUGGCAUGCACAAGCUACCUGGCAAGAUCAGUGACUUGAGCGGAAUUCCUAAGGAGAACCUAAUAUUUUCGUACUUGAAGGGGUUGCAUCCUUUUGAAAGCCUCAGCCAAGAGGUGGUGGCAAGGCUCAGCUGGAUUCAGGGGUUUGAGGACUUGGCUACACACAUGGAUGAUGGUGACAUCAUUUUAUACAAAGAUAAACAGAGAUGCUGAAUGGAUGAUGUGACAUGGAAGAUACCAAGCUGGAGCUCAAGGAACUUCAUAUUCAAAUGUUACAUGUUGUUAAGACUAAUACAGGUACUAUGCCGUUAAGGCCAGUAGAACGUUAACUUUAGCAAAAAAUAUAUUUGAGCAAAGUAUUACUGAAGGGCAUUUAAGCAUAUAAAAAUGAAAUAAAAUGUUUAUUUUUGGAUACUUUAAGUUUUGGAUAUUGUAGUGACUUUACAAUGUAGUUUAACUAAAAAUAGAGCAUGUAAAACUGCUACAUAUACAAAAAUAUGAAUAACUUAAACAAAAUGUACUGUGUGUUUUAUGAACGACUCUCUGACUGCUCUGAGACAGGAUAGCAUUUGUCCCCAUGCAUCAUCUGCCUGUUUUCCGGCCUUACAAUGCUGCACUGACAUUUGCGAUAUAGUAAUUACAAUCCAAACACUUAUAUUCAAAAAACCUCUUAUGAACUAAUAUUCCCAACAAAUGCUUCCAAAUCCUUGACUGGAAGCCGUAUAGCUGGAAUUAUAUUACAUUUUUAUUCGAUGUGUGUUUGGGAAGAAAAGAAUUGUAAGGCUUUAAUGCCAAGGUAGAAAAUGUGGCAGGCAUUUGAUAUUACUGGUGGAUCCGUUUUCAGUGGACAUCAUUGACCAAAUACACCUGUUUGCAGGUGUAGUUAAUAGGUAUGUAACAACGCAAGGUUAUGUUUAAACCAAUUCUUACGCUCGUGAUUAAUGAAUUAUGUGAGGAAGCAUUGAUUACAUAUUAUAUACAAUGAAUGCAAAUUGUAUGCUGAUUUUACAUUUCGACUAAUAGAGCAAACAAAUUGCACAAACAUGAGAACACACAAAUAUGGUUAAAGUACAUUUUAUAAUUGUACCCUCAUUUGGUGACACUUGUGCAAAUCACUCGGGGGGGGGGGGGGGGUACAUUGUUACGUGCCUAAUAAUUACCAAGUGAUGUUAUGGACUGCGAGACAUCAAUUUGUGAUAUUCUAUACCUUGAAGUAUAAUGGGGUGCCCCGGUGGGGAGAUGUUAACUGCCUCGCCUGGUAUACAGGAGCUUGUGGGUUCGAUCCCCACCCUGACGCCUGCUGCUGUAUAUUUGGAGUUUGCGUGUUCUCCCCGUGGUCACGUGAUUUUACUCCUGGUUCUCUGGUUUUUCCCUGCACAUUUAGAAACAUGCAUUUCGAGUAAUUUGGUGCUAUAAAUGUCCACACGAUAAGCCGCUUCGUUGAGCUGGCAUGUGUAGCCAGGUCGCUCCUGAAAAAGAGCUGGAUAGCUCAGUUACAAUAAUAAUCCCUGCACUCUUGCAUGCAGACAAAGUGGCACCUGGGUUCAGCCUGGUUGGUGUCCUACCCUCUCCCACUGUUAAAAGCUUUGGCUGCCCUAUGUGGCCCCCAACCCCCACCCCUUCUCAUAAUCUCUGCCUAAGCUGACUGUAACAGAUUACGCUGCAUAAAUACACUUCCAGACUUAAUAAAUGAUUGUAUCCAUGUACAGGUUGCCGUAUGCAGGACCAAAAUGUGCAUUUACAUUAAAUGGUGGCGUUGCUGAA